AUCAAUGAUCAUUUAUUUAAUAAACAUUAUGUGACGUUUUGAAAUCACUUAUCUAUCAUUUUUAAAAUAAAUUGUUAUUGCAGAUAUGACAAUGGUAAAUAAUUUGUCAAAAAUCUGUAGAGUUUGUAUGGAGGACGGAGUGUAUGAUAUUUUAACAUCAAUUUUCGAUGAUGAUUAUUCAGUUCAUAUAUCAGAGAAAAUAAUGGCUUGUGCACAAGUAAAGGUUAUUAAAGGAGACGGUUUACCUACAUUAAUAUGCAACAAAUGUGCAGAUAAAGUAAACAUUGCUUACCAAUUCAAACAGCAAUGUGAAUAUUCCGACCUACUAUUAAGAGAACUUGUUCAAAACAAUAACAAGGAAAUCAGUGAUAACGAUAUAGAAGAAUUAAAUAUUAAUCCAAGUAUGGGCUACAUAAUGAAAAAAGAUCCUUUAAACUCAGAUCACUCAGGUAAUAUUUACAAAAUGGAACCAUUAAUAUCUGAGAAUUUAGGAGCUGAAAUGGAAGUUGGGCAAAGCGAAAAUGAUCUAAAACAUUCAAAUACCAUAUUGGGAAAUAGUCCUCCUAUAUCACAUGCUAGUUAUGAAAUAAAUAUAUCCGGUAAUGUUUUUUAUGAAAGCACAGACUCUCCAUAUGAAUAUUUUAAUGAGAAUUGUUUAAGUCCUGAAAGAACUUUAGACCAAUUCACAGACAUAGAUUUAAAUUUUGAAUCAAAAUCUGAUCAAAUAUUGAAACGAAGAACGAGAAGACUGCCUAAAAAAUUGACAGAUAUUGAUACUUAUGUUUCUCCUAUAAGAAAGAAAAAUGUUAAAAUAAAAUGCCGUGUUUGUGCUGUUACUAUGUCCUCUAGUGCUAUGAUCACUCAUAUGCAAAAGGUUCAUAAUGAACAAGCAAUUUUUUGCAAAAUUUGCAACAAACAGUUUAGUGAAAAGACCGGUCUAGCUGGACAUAUGAAAUCACAUGCCAAAACAAAAUUAACAUGUAACAUAUGCGAGGCUACUUUCUUCUCAAAUUUGAAAUUAUAUUUGCAUAUGCAGAAAAUCCAUCACAACUCAUCUGGUUUAGAAAAUCUGGAGCAGGACAUAUUAGAUUUAAAAACAAAAAAGACCAGACCAAAAAAAUAUAUUUGCAAAUGCGGGCAUGCAGUAGCCACACCAGCAAAAUUGACAGCGCAUAUGAGAACUCAUAGAAAAAGCCAAAAUAAAUCAAAUAAUUCUUCAGGGUAA